CCCAAUUUCUUCGCAUCCACAAAGUUCUUCGCGUGCCUGGACCUCUUGGAGUCCCAGGAGCUGUUCGAGGCCACUCAAAUGGUUAAGAUGCAGCCAAAGGAGGUGCUGUUCCGCGUGGGGGAUGACAGUCAGUCAGGCAUCUUCAUAGUGGUGGAGGGCCGCUUGGGGGUCUACCUUGAAGAGAAUGACAGCGACUCCCUCACCCUCACCAACACCCUCAUCACUGGGGAGAGCGUGGGAGACCUGGAUGUCCUUGACGGAGCCAGGCGCAGUGUGACCUGCAUAGCUAUGGAGGAGGGAGCUACACUGGUCAAUGUAUCACGAGACCUCUUCAUGAGUUUUAUUGCAGCCAAGCCUCGCACCCUGCAGAUCUACCUCCAUAAGGCUAUGGCGAGGCUCUGGCGCGUGGCACAUUUUGUGCUGAGCGACUUCCUGGCACUGUCUCUGGACCAAAUGCCUGCCGGCGGCCUGACAGACGAGUUCUGGGACCUUCUCCUGUCCAACCAAGCUGCAGCGGCGCCAGGCCUCAAGAGUCAGGUCUCCGGUGCAAGCCCGCUUGGACAGCCUGUGCUGCUGCGCAGAGGCGAGCUCCUGCACGGGGUGGACCAGCCAGUGCGCCAAUUCUAUGUCCUUCUGGAGGGCAACAUGCUGGCGGAGCGGGCAGGCAAAGGGAAGAAGCAGGAGAGCGGGCUGGUGGGCCCGGGCAGCGUCGUGGGCGCGGCAGCGUUCCUGUCAAGCACGCGCAGCCGCACCGCCGUGCGCGCUGCCGGCACCUGCUGCCUGGCCGCCUUCGGGCCGCAAGAGCUGGAAGCUCUCCUGGAGGAGGACUCAGAUGCCUUUCUGGAGCUUCUCCUGCUGGCGGCGCGGUCGCUCGGCCCUGUCAUCCGGCGCUUCAUCUCGCUGGGCCUCAACAGAGUGUGGCUCAAAGCUGGAGACCCUGCCUACAGGCAAGGGGAGGCUGCGGAGUCACUGUACAUUAUCAUCAGCGGCCGCCUGAGACUCCUGCGAGAGGACCCCGCUGCACGGCUGCCCCUGACUGUGGAGGAAGAGGUGGGCAGAGGAGAGGCGGUGGGAGCCGUGUGGGCCCUGACAGGCGGCUACCAUGACACCACAGCGCUGUGUGUCCGCGACUCUGAAUUUGUGCGCAUGUCGAAGGGCGCGUUCGAGCUCCUCGCGCAGCAGAAUCCCCGGGCCACAUCCCGCAUGCUGGAGGGCAUGGCUCGCAGAAUUGCAGCCGCAUCAUCGGCGCGCGGCCGCAGGCGAGGAGAGAUUGUUACCAUCGCCCUCGUGCCAGCAGAUAUUCAUGCUACAGCUUCCAGUUUCUCAUACGUCAGUCAGAACUCCUUGGAAGAGCUGUUUGGCCCGACGCUGCACCUGAACGCCAGCACUCUGGAGCUCAGCUUCCCCACCGCCUUCCAGCGCCUCCACAUCUCCUUCUAUCGCUCCAAGCUCACGUCCUGGAUGGCUGCUCAGGAGGAGGACUACAGGUUCAUUCUGCUGGAGGCCGAUGCAGCGCUGACGCCCUGGUCUCGCAUCUGCAUCUCCCACGCUGACUGUGUCCUGCUGGUGGGCGCUGAGGAGGCCAGCCCACAGGUGAAUCUGCUUGAAGAGCAGCUCGUCUGGGCGCCCAUGGGCCCUCCCUCUGAGGCACUGGUUUUGCUGCAUCGGCCGGGAGUGGAGCCGACAAGCACGGCAGCCUGGAUCACGCCGAGGCCCCUGCUAGCCCGCCACCACCACGUCCGCCUCUCAAACUCCAAGGACAUGGCGCGCGUGGCGCGGUGGAUGGCGGGCAAGGCGGUGGGUUUGGUGCUGAGCGGCGGCGGCUCGCGCGGGCUGGCGCAUCUGGGCGUCCUGCAUGCGCUCGACGACGCCGGCGUGCCCGUCGAUGUCAUCGGCGGCACCUCCCAGGGGGCGUUCAUGGCUGCGCUGUACGCUCAGGGGCUGUCGUGGGAGCGCAUGCACCGAGUGGUACGCGAUUACGCGGGCGCCAUGGGUAGCGUGCGCCACCUGCUCUCAGACCUUACGCUGCCGCUCAUCUCCGUCUUCUCCGGGGCCGGCUUUGACCGCGUCGUGCGCGAAUCCUUCGGCCACGGCGCGGAGCGCAUCGAGGACCUCUGGCUCAACUUCUUCUGCAUGACUACCAAUUUGACGCGUGGCGAGCCGAGCGUGCAUGUGGAGGGCCUGCUGUGGAAGCUGGUGCGCGCCAGCAUGACCAUCGUGGGCCUGGUGCCCCCCGUGACCGAGGGCGGCGAGCUGCUUAUCGACGGGGGGUACCUCAACAACAUGCCCGUCGACGUCAUGCGCGGCCUCGGCGUCGACACAGUGAUAGUGGUGGAUGUUGAGGACCGGGACGACUCUGUUUGGCACAACCUGACGCCCAUCGACGGUGGCCUCAGCGGCUGGCGCCUGCUCUGGGACCGUUGGUGCCCCAUCCCCGCCCUCAGGUGCGCCUCUCUCUCAGACACUUCUAUGCCGCGGUACAACCAGAUCGUAAACGCGCUGACGUGGAUGAGCCACAGCCAGAACCUGCGGCGAGUCGCGAGGGAACACCCCAUAGACCUGUACCUGCAGCCGCCAGUCACACGCUACCGCCUGCUCGACUACCACCUCAUGGACCGCAUUGUGCGCGACUCCAACCGGUGCGCGACCGCUGCUUGUUUUCAGUCGACUGUGUGCAGCAUGCAGCAUCCACCAUGCAGGGAUGCAUGCAUCUUUGAGGCUGAUGUCUACUACCUCGGGUGUUGCUUCAGCCCUUGCAUGGUGGCUGUAAUGGUAUUCAGAUGA